GCAGAGCAACACUGGAGAUCAGCGCCAGACGCCAAACCCUCGGAGAGGCAGACGGAGCUCCUUUUCCCAUGAGAGGAGCAAGAGAAGGAGCAGAAGAGGAAGCGAAGGAGGAAAAAUAAGGGGAGGGAACUCCAUCCACGCCUUCUAUCCUCAGCACCUACUUGCUACUCACUGUGCUGUGCAGUCUACUGUUGCUUCACUGGACUCCCUUAGACAGCCCUAGCAUAGCAGAGCGUACGGUUCACACGAGAAGAGCAACUGUAAGGCUGUGUUUCUAUGUGGUGUCAGAGGAAGCUGUCAGCACUCGUCAUCAUUAAGGCUUCAUCCAAGGCAAGACCUGACGCAUCAUUAUUUCCUCUUCGAAGGCAUAUCCAUAGUGGAUAAGUCAUUAUUCUCCAGCUCAGUAGUUCCAUCUCAAAGGAAGAUACCAAGAGUUUGGGUUUGUUGUUGAUGACUGUAUUCACCACAUUAGCUUCUGGAGAAUGAAAGUGGACACCCACUGUUGGAUCUACCUUCUCCAAUCCUCAUUCCAGUACCCCACAUCUACAGCUACGCCAUAUAGAAACGAUCUACGAAGGUCUAGGUUUUUUUGAGUUCUUCAGUCCAUAAGGUUGCGAUUGGGCUUCUUCUCGGGAAAGGACUCUACGACGCUAGCCAUGACGCCCAUGCAAAAGCUCCUCCAGUUGCCGGUGAACGCGAUGAAUAUGGUGAAGACGGCGCAGGACCAGAUGGGGCAGCAGGAUGAGGCCAAAAGCCCUGUGAUGACCCCGGAUGGCGGAAACCAUAACUGGUACAACGGGGAGCCCAACGACCCGCGCCACAUCCGGUUUGGCAGCGGAGGUGGUGACCAGGAGGAGCGGGCCCACCUGGAGGAAGGGGGAGGCAGUUUAUCCAGCCUUGUGACCCAGCCUUUGCGACAUGAUGACUUGAAAGAGAUGCUGGACAGCAACAAAGACUCCCUGAAGCUGGAAGCUAUGAAGAGGAUUGUGGCUAUGAUCGCCAGAGGGAAGAAUGCCUCAGACCUCUUCCCAGCAGUGGUGAAGAACGUGGCCUGCAAGAACAUCGAGGUGAAGAAGCUGGUCUAUGUGUACCUGGUGCGCUAUGCUGAGGAGCAGCAGGAUCUGGCUCUGCUCUCCAUUUCAACCUUUCAGAGAGGCCUGAAGGACCCUAACCAGUUGAUCCGGGCCAGUGCUCUGCGUGUGCUCUCCAGCAUCAGAGUCACCAUUAUUGUCCCUAUCAUGAUGCUGGCCAUCAAAGAGGCUGCCUCCGACAUGUCCCCCUACGUGAGGAAGACGGCCGCUCACGCCAUCCCCAAACUCUACAGCUUGGACCCAGAGCAGAAGGACUGUCUGAUUGAGGUCAUUGAGAAGCUCCUGGCUGAUAAAACCACACUAGUGGCAGGUAGUGUUGUCAUGGCCUUUGAGGAGGUGUGUCCUGAGCGCAUAGACCUGAUCCAUAAGAACUACCGUAAGCUGUGUAACCUGCUGAUCGACGUGGAGGAGUGGGGUCAGGUGGUCAUCAUCAACAUGCUCACUCGCUAUGCCCGGACGCAGUUCCUCAACCCCAACAUGAACGAAUCCCUGUUGGAGGAGGGGGGUGGAGAGAAGGCCUUCUAUGGCUCUGAUAAUGAUGAUGACAGCGAUGAUGAGGAAGACAAAGAGGAGAAGGAGAAGAAGAAGACUGAGGCGACUGCCAUUGUCAAGAGGAAGCCUUACGUCAUGGACCCAGACCACCGGCUACUGCUGAGGAAUACCAAGCCCCUACUGCAGAGUCGAAACGCAGCAGUGGUGAUGGCUGUGGCUCAGCUAUAUUUCCACCUGGCACCCAAAGCGGAGGUAGGCGUCAUUGCCAAGGCUUUGGUGCGCCUCAUGAGGAGUCACAGUGAAGUGCAAUAUGUCGUCCUUCAGAAUGUGGCAACGAUGUCCAUCAAGAGAAGGGGGAUGUUUGAGCCCUAUCUGAAGAGCUUCUACAUCCGCUCCACAGACCCAACCCAGAUUAAAGUCCUCAAGCUGGAGGUUUUGACCAAUCUGGCCAACGAGACAAACAUAUCUACCAUCCUGAGAGAAUUCCAGACGUACAUUAAAAGCAAUGAUAAGGACUUUGUGGCAGCCACCAUCCAGGCCAUCGGCCGCUGUGCCACCAACAUUGGGGAGGUGAGGGACACCUGUCUCAACGGCCUGGUGCAGCUGCUCUCCAACCGCGAUGAGUUAGUAGUGGCCGAGUCGGUGGUGGUGAUUAAGAAGCUGCUGCAGAUGCAGCCCGAGCAGCACAGUGACAUCAUCAAGCACAUGGCCAAACUCACCGACAACAUCCAGGUGCCCAUGGCGCGGGCCAGUAUCCUGUGGCUGAUCGGGGAGUACUGUGAGCACGUUCCCAAGAUCGCUCCGGAUGUCCUGAGGAAGAUGGCCAAGACCUUCACCAACGAGGAAGACAUCGUCAAGCUGCAGAUCAUCAACCUGGCUGCCAAACUCUACCUGACCAACUCCAAACAGACAAAACUGCUCACUCAGUACGUGCUGAACCUGGCCAAGUACGACCAGAACUAUGACAUUCGCGACCGGGCGCGCUUCAUCCGCCAGCUCAUCGUGCCCACUGACAAGAGUGGUGCCCUCAGCAAGUAUGCCAAGAAGCUGUUCCUGGCCCUUAAGCCUGCGCCCGUCCUCGAGUCUCCAUUUAAAGAUCGAGACCACUUCCAGCUGGGCUCGUUGUCCCACCUACUGAAUGCCAAGGCCGGCGGCUACCAGGUGCUGCCCGACUGGCCCGAGGCCGCCCCAGACCCCUCUGUGCGCAACGUGGAGGUGAAGGAGUCUGUGCCGGAGUGGACCAAGUGCAGCAGCCGUGAGAAAAGGAAAGAAAAGAAGGCGGACAAGCCAUUCUACUCUGACUCGGAGGGCGAGUCUGGCCCGACCGAGUCUGCUGACAGUGCCUCAGACACAGCCAGCGGCUCAGAGAGUGGCAGUGGCAGUGAGGAGAGCGGCUCGGGAUCCGAGAGUGAGGAGAGCAACGAGGAGUCUGAGUCUGCAAGCGAGGAGGACGAGGAGGAAGAGGGGAAGAAGAAAAAGAAGAAUGUGGAGAAGAUCAAAGCAAGGAAACCUGUUCCAGAAAGUGAAAGUGAGCAGAGCAGUGGAGAGGAUGAGAAGAAGAGCGAGAAGAAGAGCAAACCGCGGAUUGGUAGCACAGAGUCAGAAUCCGAUGAGGACGGCGAUAGUGAAUCAGAGAGCAGCGAGUCAGAGGAGGAGGAGUCAGAAGAGGAGUCAGAGGAGGAGACCAAGAAGAAAAAGAAGACCACAGCAUCUAAACCUCCAUCCAAACCACCCAAAAAAGAGAACAAGAAAGAAAAGAAAGAAAUGUCUCUGCUUGAUUUUGAUGACUUUGACCCCGCUCCAUCUCCGUCUCAAGUCACGCCCCUCAACAACUUCCUGUCCAGCAGCCUAGUGACAGAUCUGGAGGGCUUGUCCCUGACCGACAACGUUCUGUCCCCUACGACCAUCGUCCCAUCCGGCAACCUGAAGACCUAUGAGCUGCUCCACCGUAUCACCGGCGAGGGCCUGUCAGUGGAGUACUGCUUCWGCCGCCAGCCGUUCAGCCCCGACCCACACAUGGUGGCAGUCAAAAUCCAGUUCACCAACAGCGCCACCUCCGAGGCCAAGAGCCUGCACAUGGAGGACACCAAGUUGCAGUCAGGCAUGAGGAUCAAAGAGUUCCCUGAGAUCGAGGUGUUACCUGCGGGUGAGACUCUUAGCGUGGUGAUGGGCAUCGAUUUCUGUGAUUCCACACAGGCGGCCAACUUCCAGCUCUGCACUCACACCAGGAAGUUCUUUGUGUCGAUCCAGCCACCGGUUGGAGAGCUGAUGAUGCCAAUCUUUAUGACAGAAAAUGAGUUCAAAAAGGAGCAAGAGACGCUAUUACAAAGUCUAGGUCAGUUGAUGGGCAUGAAUGAGAUCACAGAGAAGCUGAUCCUGGAGGAGAAGUGUCAGGGCGAGCACGCUGUCGUUCAGAGGGUUACCACUGCCGCCAACCUCAGCCGAGUGCCCUGUGGCUCAGACAAGGAGUGCAGCCCUCCUGUUCCUCCUCCCCCGUUUCCGAUUCACAGGUUCGCUGGGAAGACGGUGACCAGUGGCAGCCUUGUACUGGUCAGUGUGGUCACCAAAGAGGACGGGGCCGCCCAGCUGACGGUCAACUGUGAGAAAAUGGUGAUUGGCACGAUGCUGGUCAAGGACAUCCUUCAGGCCCUCACCCAGUGAUGACCCCUAACUCUUGACCCCUGACCUUUGACCCCAGCAAUUUCCUUCCUCUCCUACAGCUCGGUUCUGUCUCCCUUUGCUCACUCGCAUACAUACAACCACACAUUCAUCCACUCCCAUUCCAAAUACCCCCAUACUUAGGGUCCUCUUUCUCUUCAUUAAGAUACUGGUAGUCUGAUAAGAAUAUGUAGAAGACAGGUUUGAUCCAUCGCUCAAUUGAUAUUCUGCAUGUAAUGCAGGUUUCAAACAAAUUAUGAUGAUUUUUUACUUAUACGAGAGACGCAAAUCUGGGGGAAAUAAUAGGCCCCACUUUGACUUUUAAAAUCACUUCCUACGAACUGUCAUAACAAAUUACAGAAUGGCAUUACUGUACACGAUUUGUAAAGACAAUAAGUCAUUAAGAAUCAUCCCACUGAUCAAAUAAAAUCUGUGACGGCGUUGAAUCAACAUGGAAAACUGAUUGGAUUUGCAAAAAGUAAUCAACGUAAGGGAAUUUUGUUAUUUUUUUCAC